AUGCCAAACAUGACCAUGAAAAAUCACGCGAUCAAAAGUGUAGAGGUGCCCAACGAAGGAAGUUGCAGAGUAAUGUGUUAUAUGGAGCCUAAUUGUGUGUCCAUCAAUACUGGACCUGUUGCGGGAGGAAACCAAAAAUGCGAGUUGAAUAACGCCACGGAGGAAAACCAUGCUCCAUUUCUUCUCGUGAAAAAUCAGGGUUACACAUAUCUUGCAAUCAAGGUAACAUUUCACAUUCUUACGAAACUACGGUGCCAGAAGAGAUUGUUUCGUUUUCUUAGGUUAAAGACAUAACAUAAGGAAGAUCUACACUAUAGCUUACUUUGUUUUGUCAACAGAAUCUGUGCAGCAGCAGCCCAUGCUUAAACAAUGGCACCUGUCAAGCCGGAUUCACCAAUAAAGGAUUUCGUUGUGUCUGUCAAGAAAAAUUCACAGAAGAAACCUGCCAAGUUGAAGGUAAAAUGGCUGGAUUGUGUAGACUAGUCUCUCUUGUAGUACGUGUAGUACGCGAGGAGUUACUCACUAAAGUUUCAAAAUUGACUUCAAGAACAAAAUAUUAAUCACUGAAUGAAAGCUAAAAAGGAAAAGCCACGUACGGUCACUUUAAAUGAAUAUAGCUGGUAGAUAUUGAGGAAGAAGAAAUGGUAUUUGCUAAUGUUCAGAAUCAAGUUUUAUCAGCCAGAGCAACAGUCAGGAAAGCAAACAAAAAGCACUCAAUAUCCAAACAAUUUAAAGUAGGCGUGUUGUUUUGUUUUUUGUUUGUUUUUUUUUACUGAUUUUCAGUCAAAAGAAACUGCGCAGAAAUCUACAAAUCCGCGGGUAAACCAGCUGACGGUGUCUACGCCAUUAAACCUGAUAAUUUGCCUGCCUUUGAUGUAUUCUGUGACCAAACAACGGACGGUGGAGGAUGGACUGUGUUCCAGAAGAGACUGGACGGCUCGGUUGAUUUCUACCGCUAUUGGAACGACUACAAACGUGGCUUUGGUGACCUGUGUGGUGAGUUUUGGCUCGGACUGGACAAAAUUCACCGCUUGACCUCAGAUAAUAAUAACACGCUGCGUGUGGAUUUGGAAGACUUUGAAUGA